AUCAAAUAGUAGUUCUUCUGAGAUAUGGCAGACAGUGGUCCAAAGUCUCGAAUCAUUCUACAACAAUGCUUAUCUGCCAGGCUUCAAACUCAACCCAAAACUGUGAACAGUGAGGCAAAGUUUGUGGAGAUUGGACCUGGAUUGAUAGUGUAUGUGUGUUUUCUAAAAGGUGCAACUGAAGAUAUUUUAGACAAAAUAGUGAAGAGUAUAACAACAGCUAAAUUAAGUGAAAUAGAAGAGGAUGGAAAACGUGUUUCAGUUUUAGAUCAACCCGGUGAUAUUUUGAUUAUACCUCAAGCAACCUUAGGUGGGGUUUUAAAAGGAAAAGUUAUGCAAUAUCAUAGAAAUAUAGACAAAGAAACUGGACUGAAACUGUAUAGUAAAUUUGUGGAACUGUGUGGAUCUUUUGUCAUGGAUAACAGUAAAUCUAAAGAAUGUGAUAAAACAGUUAAAUUUGGUACCUAUGGUAACAGACAAGUUUUUAAUUGUGUUACAAAUGGACCAUAUUCUCAUGUUUUAGAAAUUUGAUAUUUUGUUUGGUUUAUUUUGUUUUUGUUAAUUUAUUGUUUGACUGUGAAACAAAAGUUAUAUUUUGAACUUUUAUGUUUAUACUUGAGCACUUUAAUAUGCUUACUAGACUUUUAAUAUUGUAAUAUUCUUCCAAAUUGUUCAUAAAGAUUUUUCUACAAAUUGAAUUUUAUUCAUGGUCCAUAAAAUAUCAACAAUUGUUCUGGCAAAUACAGUUCAAUUCAACUGACCAACAGUAGUCAAACCAAACACCCAUUGUACAUCAAUCAAAUACUGUGGACUUGUCUUUGAACAAAUGACAUUCCAGAUGAUAAAAAAAAACAAAAAAUCUUGGCAAUUAAUUCUGUACUUUUUUUUUAAUGAUUUGGAUAAUUUGUUGUGAAAUAUGAAUUUCUUAUGAUUUGUUCAUUACAAUUAAAAAUGAUUUAAUUG